AUUGGAAAGAGCGUUUCAGUGAAAGAUUAUAAUACUUUUCUUGACCGUAACGAAUCGACUGGAUACAAAUUUAUUUGGGAAAACGAAAAUGUAUACAUUAUUGAAAUGGCAAACCGAGAACAUGAAGCUGUUGUAUCUGUGCUUUUUAAAUGUUUUGAUAGACCAAAUAAUAGUGUAAUACAUGGUCCAAUAGAAAUUUAUGGUCAACCAUAUCAUUAUAAUCCAAUCGGCCAUGGGGAAAAAAUAGCACCAGAUAUCGCAGUUUGUCCAAGUAAUGCUCAUGUUUUGCGACCAUUAAUUCGGCAUCCUGGUCCCCUCCUAGGUCGUGCUCACGCGAGAAUUAUCUGUGAGGUAGCUACCGCUCAAGGCUUCGAUCUCUGGAAUACUAAAUGCGAAACAUGGAUGCAUGAAGAAUAUGUGCGUUGUGUACUUGGUAUUAAGCUUGGUUCUAAAAGAAAUAUCGGAACAACUCGUGGAGCACCAGCAGAGAGUGUAUUAUCAAUAAAUGCAAAUUUAGCAGGAGUAUAUGUCACAGAAUGGGAUUUCAGCACUAUACAAUAUAAUAAUAAUACAUCUACACUUACUGGUUGCAAUGCUUCGAAUCUUAAUGCCUUUCAAGUGACUAUUCCUAUAUCUGAUGUUUUCUAUGACCCACCAUA